UUGCGUUUUAUUUUACCAUGGUUGAAACGCAUCGUAAGCAUACAAACAUGGUGUUUAUUGAAGAAUCCAGUUUAAGACCUGUAUUGGGGGGAGUUUCGUUCUGCUUUCUAGCUGCUGCAUUGUUAUUGAAAAUGUCAGUCGCUAUCUAACCGCUAAGAAAUCAUCAUCGCAAUGCUUGUCAAGAUAUUUUGCAUAAGCUUGUUGAUUCCUUUUCUGAGUCUGGUAACUUCGGCACCCACGACAUCUGUCACUUCACUCGUUCCCUCAAUAAACGAAAAUGGUGUUCUGUUAAUGCCAUCCGAAAAUAAAUAUUACCUAAGAAUCAUUACAGAUGGAACGACUCGGGAGGAGACCGUUGAACAGAUUUCGCCGGAUCAACUUCAAGUCAAGGGAACAUAUCAACAGUCUUUUCCAGGUUCUAAGUACCUGCUGGUCAUUUAUGAAGCCGGUACUAACGGUUAUGUGGCCAAGUAUAACUUCUCUGUAACACAGAUCCCAAUUCAACGACUAAGCCCUGCUACCUUAAAAAGUGCCUCCGGGUGA